AUGACUAAAGACGCGACCAAAGCCAUACAAUGGACGAAACAGACCUACUAUGAAAAAUCCAACAAAGCUGACACCUUACUAGCCCGAAAAUUACAACGUAGGACUAAUCACAAACGAAUAGACGUAAUUCAAACGCCGGACGGCACCAAACACUCUACCCCAACAAAAAUCGGUGAGGUCUUCCAAAAGUACUUUUCCACACUAUACGACCAUAGCCCCAACCUACGUCAACAUCCCGAAGACACCAAGCAAACCAUAGACACAUACCUACGGCAGAUACCCUUACCGGCCCUAAAGACAGAAGCUAUCUCCAAAAUUAGCGAACCAAUCACAAUCGAAGAAAUCGCCAAAGCCAUCAAAAACACCAAACCCAACAAGAGCCCAGGACCAGACGGCUUCACAAGACAUUCCCAGCCGCACUCCUCCCACACCUCUGCAAUCUGUUCAAUUCAAUACUGCAGGGAAACCCCAUACCUCCCGACUUACUGA